UAGUCUAGUUAGGUGUAAAACGUAUUUUUUAAAGUGAUUUGAGAGUAUUUUAGAGGAACCACGCCGCGGCGUCUAACGGCGCCAUAUUGGAUUUUUUCUGAAUCGGGAGAAACUUGGAUAACUUCGGCCCUACCUGGGAGAUUCCACGGGCGGGAAAGCCCAGCAGGAUUUUCAACUAAAACAGGGAAGAGUAGAGUAGAGUUUUGACCGCAGUUUUACGUGUCUUUCUGAAGUUUCCCUGGCGGAAAGUCCAGUGGACCGAGGUUUGGAUACCAGGAGUGGAGGGGAAUCCGAUAAGGGAAACUACCUGCAUCAAAGUCCUCGGAAAGUCAACAGGGCUCCUUAACGAAGCAAGCAAGGGGGGUAACCCCAGAAGAAAGGAUCCAGAAGGAAACAAGCAAGGGGAGAAAUCCCAGAAGAAGGCAAGCAAGGGGAGAAAUCCCAGAAGAAGGCAAGCAAGGGGAGAAAUCCCAGAAGAAGGCAAGCAAGGGGAGAAAUCCCAGAAGAAUAAGACUGAGAGCUAGUAAUAGAGGAAGAAACAAAGGUGAAAACACCUGUGAACCAGACGAGGAUAAAAGCCACAAGUAUUCUUAUCACGCACAAAAGGCCUAGAGGGUCUACACAAUCACAGAAGUUGAAGGGGAAGCCUCACAGAACCGGAAGUAAAAGAAAGCCACGAGAGGUCAAGGAAAGAACAACAAACACCAAGACAGAGUACACGAAAGCGCAAGUACCUUAUUCCUUAUUAUCUACCAUAGACAAGGAGCUAGCAAUGAGCCAAGAAAAUCGGGGGAUAACCCCACCAAAGAAGGGGAAGUUAAAAAAGAAAGGAGCAGGGGGAAACACAGGCCAUGUAAAAACAUCAAAUACAGAUGGAACAGAGGAAUGGAUAUGUAAGAAAUGCAAUACCGUAUUAAGGGAUGACGAGGGAUGCCAGGCACUUACGUGCGAUGGAUGUAACAACCAUUUAUGCCUGUCAUGUACAAGCCUCACCCAACAAGAAUUCAAAGCACUGAGCAGGCUCCAAAGGGACGAUGUUUGCUGGUUUUGCACCAGCUGUAAGGAGAGGGUUAAGCAAUGCUUCAAAGGAAGUAAUAGUUGCACAGCUAGUGUACCUAACAUUGUGGAAAAACUAGACGAAAUCGUGGGGAAAAUAUCAUUACUGGAAAACAAAGUAGACAGCAUGCAGCAAGAACAGAAGACACAGGCCAAAUUGGCAGUGAAAGUCACAGAAGAAGUAGUAGACGAGGAUGUACAAAGUAAAGGGGAAACCGUACAGACAGUCACACAUGAAAACGACACUAAUAAAGUAGUCGGGGAAGAUGGUAACCAAGGGCCAUGGAUAACAGUGACUAAACACAAAGCUAGAACACCAGAUUUGGCAAAAAUCCUAAAGGAAGCUCUGGUGGAACAAAGAAAAGCAGUAGACGAACAAGAGAGAAGAAAUCAUAACCUUAUCAUACACAACGUAGAUGAAACCGACCGUAAAGACAUGAGGAAGAAACAGGACGAAGAGUUUGUAAAAGACCUCUUCGAAAACCACCUAGAAGUGGAUGUGAAGGUAAAAGAGAUGUACAGGCUUGGGAAGAAAACAGACAAUGACUCGAAAAGAGGAAGACCACUAAAGAUCACCCUUGAAAACAAAGAGGACAGGGCCGUCAUCCUAAAUAGGCUCUAUAAACUAAAAGGCGCUGAAGAUCAAAUCAGAAGGAUAAGUGUGACAGCAGAUUUUAGUAGAGACGAGAGAGAGAAGAUAAAAGCGCUGGUUCAAGAGGCAAAAAACCGAACGCAACAAGAAGUGAAGGGGGACUACAUACAUGUGGUCAGAGGGACAUAUCCGAAGCUACAGAUCAUAAGAAAGAAACAGAGGAAAAACAGCAAUCUAGUAUCAGAAGAAGAGAUAUAAGACUUCAACCUAAUCAAGACAUUGCCACUAGCACAAAAAGCCAUGAAUCUAGAAGUAUAAAACUGGCUAGUGGAAACACGAGGGCUGAAGAUGAGGGAAAGCAGCUGAAGGUUAUCUACACAAACAUUGAUUGUAUCACAAAUAAAAAACAUGAAUUCUGCGCUAUUAUUGAUGAACAGCAACCUGACAUUAUUAUCACAACCGAGACGAACCCAAAAAACUCAAGAUAUAAAAUGACAAAAGUAGAUCUGCAUAUUCCGGGGUUUAACCUAUUUACAAAUGCUGAUACAGGAGGUGUGAGGGGCGUGUCCAUCCACGUGAAAGAUGCCUACAACUCUAUGGAAGCAGAGAAACUGGGUUCAGCUCAGGGUCAUGUCUCAGAAGUGAUUUCAGUGGAGAUGACGCUGAACAAAAAUGACAGACUACUAAUUCUGGGGAUCUACAGAAGCCCGAACUCAUCUGUCGAAAACAAUCAUAGUCUAAAUAGCAUCAUACGCAAUAUCCAGGGCUAUUCGCACGUAUUAAUAGCCGGGGAUUUUAACUACCCAAAAAUCCUAUGGGCCAAUGGAGACGGCUCAAUCUACUCACCUAACUGUGAAGCCGGCAAAUUCCUAGAGGCUACUAGGGACGCAUACCUAUACCAGCAUGUGGACUUUGCAACAAGACACCAAAUAAACCAGGAAAGCAAUGUACUAGACCUGGUCUUCACGAACGAGAAGGGAAUGAUUGACUCGGUGACAAUGUUACCACCAGUAGGAAAAAGUGACCAUGCAGUGUUAAGGUGGACUUUCAAAUGCUAUGCAAAGAAAAGAAAUGUGAGAAGAGAAAUCUUUCAAUACCACAAAGGUUCUUAUGAAAAUAUGAAAGAAGAUUUAAAUAAGGAUUGGAAUGAAACACUUCAGGAACUGGAUAUUGAAGAGAGUUGGGUCGUGUUUUCCAAAACCUUGAAAGAUACAGUUCACAAGAAUGUACCCAAAGUCAAAUCCUCAAAUAGAAGGAGAAGGCUAUCAUGGACCGACAGUCAAACAAUAGCGAAAAUGAAGAAUAAACAGAAAGCUUGGAAAA